GACGUGAGGCCAGACGGUAAGCGACCUGCAUCUCUGACCUACAGCGGCCGUCGCGAGAGGUGGUCAGGGAGGGAGGUUGUUGCUGUUGGUCGUUUUUUUCGGGAGGAAAUACGGAAAACAGGAUUUUUUUUGAAAGGUGUAUUCCAGAGAAAUUGAACUGCAAUUCGUACGGAACGGUAUUAGAAUAGAGAAAAUACUGCUUACAACGAUUAUACUGCAUAGAACAGAGCCUGUACGUACGGACAGUUACUACACAUUGUAAACAGUAAGGAACAAAAAAACAACACUAAGAACAGGUCAUAAUUAUGUUGAGGCUGGGAGUGACAGCUCCUCUCAAGCAGACGGACAGGAAUUUGGUCUUGAAAUGCGGAUUUUCGUCAAAAAUAGCGAAAGAAGGAACAGGAGGAGCCGAGAGAGGGAAGGAAGAGAGGAGACAGAAGCAAGCAAAGUACAACAGUCUAGGAGUUAACCCACAAGAGGUCAAAUGUGAUUGCAUUGGUCCUGCUGAUCGCCAAUCAAACCUUCGCAAAGUCAGGUACUACAUCCCUCCAAAUGAAACGUCUCUGGAACAGCGGUACAGAGAGGCAAGGGAAGCAACGCAGGACUGGAACCAAAGCUUUUGGGCAUCUCAUAAUGCUAAAUUCAAACAGAUGAAGGAAGAAUUUGUACAGUUACGGCUAAAGGAGAAAUACGGCAGCCAAGCGACAGAACGCAGAACCCUCUCAGCUGACGAAAUGGCGGUAUUCUACAAACAGUUCCUUGAUGAUCACAGGGUAGUACAUCAAGAGUACAACAGAGAGUGGUACAAGAAAAAUGCAAAUAAUAUUCUCUUGGCUGCUCGAGUCUGGAUGCAGCAGAAAGGGAAAUCUCGCUGAUAAACUAUUCAAAUUUAUCUGAAUUAUUUGUAGAUAUUUUGUAAAUGUUUGUACAGUGGGAAACAUGUUUUUGCCAGCGUAUAAGUAUGCAGACUAUUUCAUAAUAUUAUCCAUGUCUAUAGAGUUAUCUUUGCUCUUCAUUUGUGGUUUUUAUUUCAGCCUUAGUGCAUAACAGUUGCUGUGAUGAUUUUAGUUAUUCACUGUGAAUAAUGCAACUCUUAACAUAGAAAAAAGAAAAAAAAAAUCCUUUUGAACAACUUGAAAUAAUUUGAUAUUUGGGUAGAAGUUUGUUUACUAAAUUUGUGGAUGAUAUAGAGUUUAACACAACUCUUUGUUUGUUUACUGAAUGACAUUAAGAAAUAUUUUCUUGUAUAAGUUAUUGUAUUUAUAUGUAAAGUAUAUAAAAUUUUGAAUAAAAUAAUUUCUCUAAA